GGUAUUCCGAAAUUAUUGUACGAAGAUCUCCAUAAUCCUAUUAUGAGUAUCCCAUGCAUCGUCACCAGCAUGGUUGGCUUGAAAAUCAUGAAGGUUGAUGUGAUAACUGCCUGCACCAUCAUUGUCGAUGUUGUUGGAAUUCUAAAGGCCAUUCAUAAUUACGGGUACAUUCAUAACGAUAUUCAUCCCGGGAAUAUUGUAAAUGUUAAUGGUAAAUAUCAGCUGAUAGACUUUGGCUUCGCCGUUCCACUCUCCAAGAAGAGAGAUAAUGUCCCCAGUAGUUGGCCAGAAGGCCAUGUAAUAUUUGCCUCUCAUAAUAGAGGUAAGUGUCUUGGAGCCGGAGAUGACUUGGAAUCCCUUUGUUAUACAAUUGCAUUUAUGUACGAUUCGAAUAAGGCAUAUUGGGACACUGUCACCAAGGAUCCAUACCAGGCCAUUCAUAUGAAAGAAAAAAAACUCACUUAUCUGUUUGAUGGGCUUCCACUAGUAUUUCGAGACUUUUUCGAGUAUGUGUACGAUCUUGACAUCACAGUGAUGCCGGACUAUGAAUAUUGGCAGAGCUUGUUCCUGGAGACUGUGGGAACUUGUUCUCGACCAAAAAAACACCUUCGGGAAACUUCACAAGGAAGUUCUAAUCAUAACCGACGUCGAAUUGAGCAACAG